AUGACCGUGCUCGAGUCUAUAGGUGCCGGUGCCUUGGCCUUCGCGGCCCUCGUGCUGCUCUACUUUCUGUUCGAAUUUGUGAUUUCCGUGCUUCCCGGCGCGCAUUCCCUUGAGGGAGCGGCCGUCGUCGUGACUGGAUGCGACUCCGGCAUCGGACGCCGCAUGGCCUUCCACCUGGCCAAGACGCACAAAGCUCAUGUCUUCGCUGGGUGCCUCACGUCGUCAGGCGCCGACGCCCUGGAGGUUGAAACAAGCCAAGGCCAGCGCCUCAGGGCUUUCGUCAUGGACGUCACGAGUGACGUCAGCGUGGCGGCGGGGCUGGAAUUCGUCAAGAGCCACCUGGGGGGGCGCCGGCUGUUCGCCGUCAUCAACAACGCGGGGGUGACUAAGGGCAUGCUAGUCGAGUUCACGACAAUGGAGGAGUACAUGGGGGUUAUGGACGUCAACUACUUGGGAAUGGUCCGGGUCACGAAGGCGUUCUUGCCGCUGCUGGUGGAGGCAAGGGGGCGGAUCGUGAGCAUCACGAGCGUCGCGGCGCUGAUGGCAGCACCCGCAGGCUCUGCGUACGCGGCGUCCAAGUUCGCAGCUACAGCGUUCAGCGACUCGGCGCGCCGGGAGCUGCAGUCUCAGGGCGUCAAGGUGGUUCAGAUUCUGCCGGGAUUCAUGAACACCGGCAUGGCCGAGCCGAAGCUUCUGGAACGCAAUCUGAAGGAGCCUUUCUAUCGCGCGGAUGCCGCGAUGCAGGAGCGCUACGGCGGAGAGAAGAAGAUCACUGAGGCGGCGGAAGCUACAAUCAACAUGAUCAAGACUCUCGCCGCUGAUCCCGACAUCAUCAUGGGGCCCGUGCUUAAAGCGUUGCGGUGCAGGUAUCCCAGAGCGAGGUACCUGUGCGGGAAGGAUGCGCACUUCAUGUUCUAUCCGUUAUCUCUUUUGCCCACCAGGCUGCUGGACCGCAUGAUAGCGAGUUGA